CUGUUUGCUCCGCACAUCAGCAGCCAAGCUUCUCUCUCUCUCUCUCUCUCUCUCUCCUUCUCUCUCACCCAGUCAGACAGACCCAGGCCAGGCAGAGGCAGCGCGUCCGCCCGGAGAGAGACCACACCGCAUAGCUGCGCUGCCGACUGAUCACAUUCACGGUAUUUUCAAAUGGAUGCCUCCCCUGAUACCGCCUUCUGACACCAGACAGCGCUCUUGUGGCCACAUUGAACGUGAGAAAGACCUCAUUCUGGGCUCUUUUUUUUUUUUAACAAAACUGUAAUUAUUUUUUUAGGUAACUGGUUUGUCUCGACGCCACAGAGAGGACCACACUCCCCCCUUCGUUAGCCCGCUAAGCUAGCUAGCCCGCUAACUUAGCUGUGAUACUUUGAACCGUAUCGGCGGCAGUUUUUCUGCCUCGUUGCUAGCUUGCGGUCUCUUGCGCCACAGCAGUGGAUUGAGGUUCCUCGUCACUCAAGGAGCAUGUUUGAGUGACGAGCGAAAGAGGAAGUGGGAUCUCUCACGCUCCGCCCCCUUCUGCUGGUGGAGCACCCUGUACAUCCGACCAGAGACCACUUUAGUCACUUUGACAGGAUGAGGAGGUUUGCCUAUUGUAAGGUGGUUUUGGCCACCUCUCUGGUGUGGGUGAUGCUGGACAUGUUCAUUCUACUCUACUUCAGCGAGUGCAACAAGUGUGAUGAUAAAAAGGAGAGAGGACUGCCUGGGAGAGACGAUGCCCUGGCCAGGCCGCGGGACGGGCCCGGUGAAGGGGGGAAGCCGGUGGUGAUCCCUAAGGAGAACCAGGAGAAGAUGAAAGAGAUGUUUAAGAUCAACCAGUUCAACCUCAUGGCCUCUGAGAUGAUUGCUCUCAAUCGGUCAUUGCCUGAUGUCCGCCUGGAAGGGUGUAAGAACAAGUUAUACCCGGAUAAUCUGCCUCGUACUAGUGUGGUGAUUGUAUUUCAUAAUGAGGCAUGGAGCACACUGCUGCGAACCGUCCACUCCGUCAUCGACCGCUCUCCGCACACACUGCUGGAGGAGAUUGUCCUGGUGGACGAUGCCAGCGAGCGAGAUUUUCUAAAGCGGCCGUUGGAGCAGUACGUCAAAAGGCUUGAAAUCCCUGUCAGGGUGGUGAGGAUGGAGCAGCGGUCAGGGCUCAUUCGCGCUCGCCUCAAGGGAGCGUCCCUCUCCACUGGCCAGGUCAUAACCUUUCUGGAUGCUCAUUGUGAAUGCACAACAGGGUGGCUAGAGCCUCUGCUGGCCCGCAUCAAGCAAGACAAGAGAACGGUGGUGUGCCCCAUCAUCGAUGUGAUCAGCGAUGAUACGUUUGAAUACAUGGCUGGUUCUGACAUGACGUACGGGGGCUUCAACUGGAAGCUUAAUUUCCGUUGGUACCCUGUACCCCAGAGGGAGAUGGACCGCCGCAAAGGAGACCGCACACUGCCUGUCAGGACUCCCACGAUGGCAGGCGGCUUGUUCUCCAUAGACAGAGAUUACUUCCAGGAGAUCGGCACAUAUGACGCAGGCAUGGACAUCUGGGGUGGAGAGAACCUGGAAAUCUCUUUCAGAAUUUGGCAGUGUGGUGGGACUUUGGAGAUUGUCACAUGCUCUCACGUGGGUCAUGUAUUCAGAAAAGCCACACCAUACACGUUUCCCGGAGGAACGGGGCAGAUCAUCAACAAAAACAACCGACGCCUAGCAGAAGUCUGGAUGGAUGAAUUUAAAAACUUCUUCUAUAUCAUCUCUCCUGGUGUGACCAAAGUUGACUAUGGUGACAUCUCGUCUCGCACGGCUCUGAGACAAAAGCUUCAAUGUAAACCAUUCAGCUGGUACUUAGAGAAUGUCUACCCUGACUCCCAGAUCCCCAGGCACUAUUACUCAUUGGGAGAGAUCCGUAACGUGGAGACCAACCAGUGCCUCGACAACAUGGCUCGCAAGGAGAAUGAGAAAGUCGGCAUUUUCAACUGCCACGGCAUGGGAGGCAACCAGGUUUUCUCCUACACGGCCAACAAGGAGAUCAGGACCGACGACUUGUGUCUGGACGUCUCAAAGCUGAACGGACCUGUCAUGAUGCUCAAGUGUCAUCACCUCAAAGGCAACCAACUCUGGGAGUAUGACCCCGUGAAGCUGACCCUGAUCCACGUCAACAGUAACCAGUGUCUGGACAAGGCCAGUGAGGAGGACAGCCAGGUGCCCAGCGUCAGAGACUGCACACACACACGCUCCCAACAGUGGCUACUCCGCAACGUCACACUACCAGAGGUCUUCUGACCACAGUCCGCACACUCGCGAACACACAUACAGAGUCAACAAUCAGGGGAACGGACAGUGUUUAUUAAAAUUGGGCAAAAGGAAAGGAAAGACUUCCCGUGAGGGGAUUCUGGAAGAGAGGAGGACGGAUUGGACGGUACUACCUCUGCCAGAGAUCAGAGAGAGGAGUGUGUUUGACCCUCCUCGGCGCAAAAGACUCCCUCUAGGAGAUGAUGGCUGUUGUUUUUAAAGAGAUUUUAACCGAGGAGAGUGACUCGUUCCUGGACGUGGACACGAAACCGGCUGGUGGAGUCGAGGUUCUUCACUAACAGCUUCCCUGGACAAAGCAGUCCACCCCUCAACUCAUCACUUAACGUUUACUGACUGCCUCUAAUGAGAGCGUGUGCACACUCAUCAUUUGUGUGUGUGUGUGUGUGUGAUUUAUGUGAGUGAAUGGGUGUGUAUUAUGAAAUGAAUGUAUGCUUUAAGAAGGGGGCUGAAUUUCUUGGUGAUUUCUUUUUUUUAUUAUUAUUUUAUUUUAUUUUGUUUUUUUAUUUAAUAUUGUGAUGGAUUUUAAAAGUGAGCUCUGAUGAACUCAGAUGAAGAAGGGUGCAUGUGUAAGCGCGUGUGAGUGUGACAGUGUCAUGUUAUACGUGUGUCAGAGCCCCUCCUACCGUCUUGCAGCAGUGUGUGUCUCCCCCUGGUGUUACUCCACUGCACUCCACCCUGUGGACCGGAGCCUCCUCGCUGAACAGGGACCGCGCAUAAAAACAAAAAAACCGAGAGGACCGAACACAAGGGCCUUACGUCCUCCAAUGGCAGAGAUCUAGAGAAUAUGAUGUUUGUGAUAUCUUUGAGAUUUGUAUGUCCAGUUUUUACAUGGUUUUGUCUGUUUCUACAGUCCUGUGAGAGUGCCACAGAGCAGUAACCCUUGUCUCUCUGUCUGUCUCUGUUUAGAUGUGUAACAUAGAGCUAACACACACACACACACACAAACACACACAGAGGACUGCAUAUGUAACUGAUGUUCACUGCCUAACGUAGUGUUAAACCAUAGGGAGCUCUCCCAUAGGGCACUACAUAGUGACACACACACACUCAUCCUGUAUACAUAUAGGAAAAAGGCUGCGCUAGCCUGAUACUUUAUUCCAUUUCCUCAUAUCUUCUUCUCAAUGACCUCUUAUACACUCCAAGGGCUUCUUUCCUCCAGUGGAGUGUGUGGAUGGAAGCGUCGGUGUGGGUGUGCGCGCGUGUCUUCAGUACUAAUCCCAGUCCAUCAGCUCCUGGUUCACUAGAACAAACAGCUCUUAGAUUCCCUCGCUGUUGGACAACCAGAACCCGUAGCGUAGACUGACGGCAGAUCAGCGUACCCCUUUGUCCGUUGUACAGAAGAGCAAAAAGCUGCUUUUAUUUUCUAAACAGAGCCGUGUCUCUGCACUCUCCUUAGGGCGUAUAUCUACAGUAGGGAAGGAAGUCUGGAGAGCAGUUGUCAGGGUAUCAAAGAGACGUCGCACAGGUGUGAUAGGAGACUUAAUCAGGGACAGAAUAAUAACUGUAGAGAGCUGAAGGGAGGGAAGGGUUUAACUGUGGAUCACAAAGAGCGCAGCAGCAGGAGCAGGCAUAUCUUAAUCCUUAACUACAUAUCUCGCUUUGCAAGCUCACCUGCAGUAUGUCACCACUCAUAUCUCAGUGAGCCGGACAGCUGAGUAGCUCCAUCAUUGUGUUGUUCUUAUUUCAACCAUCGUCAUCAUCAUGCUUUUGUUUUUUUCUUCUGCCGCUUCUUCUUCUUUGUAUGACUCUUGCGGCUGAGGAGUCAGAGCAGGAGAGAUGUUUUCAUUUUUCACGUAUACCAUUUCAGCUUCCUCCAGCGGAGGAGGGGUUUACACAUAGGACACAUCACAGGUUUAUCUUUGUUGAGGACAUGGUAGCGAGGAGGAGGAGGCAUCGACUGAUUUCAGUGUCUGAGCGAGUGACUGUGUGGUGAAGAAGUGAACGUUUUUCUUUGGCGGCGAGAAAGAGGGAGGGUGUUGAUUGUUCAGAUUUUUUUUUUUUUUGGGCGGCGGGAGGGGGGGUUGAACUUAACUGACAUGUCCAGGCUUCCACACUGAGCUGAUCCAAAUGUAGAAAAUAAAAGUGAAAAGUUUACAGAACAAUUUGAGGAAAAUGUUGAUUUCUGCCUCUUCUUGUCUGUGUGCACACACUCACAAGACGCACGCAUUCGCAAAAGUUGCACUGUCAGAUUUUCUUGUAAACAAACAAAAUUUAUAUUCAGUGUUUCUCAGCAAAGGACUUUAGGUCGUCACAAUGACAGAAUUUUGAAUUUCAAUGUAAUACUAGUAUGAAGAAAACGAUACUCAGUGCCUCUUUCGAUACCACACAGUCCAGGUACAGAGGGAGUCAUUGAACACAUCCCAACACAUUUCUAAUGAUGUUAAUAUCUAUGCAGCCCUGGAUUGAAAAUCUGAUUUAAUAGCUUUGGUACUUUGGAUGCAAUUGGGUAUCAUAUUGUUUUAAACGUGGUGUUGAACAAGUAACAGCCUUAAUGUGAUGCAAUGUAACCUUGAUGCUUGAGAAAUAUGUCAGAUGCGUUUCCUUCAUGGUAAAUCAUUUGAAAAUCUGACUUAUCUUAAGAUACUUUAAAUUGUGCCUUGCUGCAUUUCUUUGCUCGUGUGUCGUGUGUGUUUGCUUGUGCGUGUGCAGUAGGCACACAAAACUGGGACCCGCUUGUGAAAAACCUCACGAGAGUUCAGUUUUUAAAAGAAAGAGGAAGAGUAGCAAACCACACGGUCACGGGGUUUGGAAUGCGACCGAUGAGGCACCCAUGUUAAAAGAUCAUAACCUGUCUUAUCUCCCCACAGAGAGAAGCGGAGGUGAGCCUGGGCAGAGGCGAGAGAAGGCUUGUGAGGAAAUGAGACUCUUCUGUCUUUUUAAUAAACAUGACCGUGCAGUGAAGGUAAUACAGUGGAGCAGCAGACUCACUGCAUGUUUUGUGGUGAGUGGAUUAUUCGAACUCCUAGACCUGAUGCGUUGAAUUAUUCAUUUGUCAGGAUUAGACCCACCCAGAGCCAGCAGGAAGACAUAUUAGACAGCAGUGUUUUGCAUACGCGUUUAGUAGAAGAUGCUGAUUUCUCUGCUUUUGUUUUCUGAACGCGUCCUCUCCUGUAUGGUAAAUGAGAUGCUGGGAUGUUUUCACACUGUUACAGUUUCUCAUUUCAGAUGCAUUCCAGCUCAUAUUUUAUCUCCAGUAAGUCCAGAAGAAAACAAAAAAAAAAAAGAAAA